AUGGUGGUGGAGGUGGCCGGCGGCGUGGUCUGUCCCAGCAGGCGGGUACGGCGAUGGUACGUCAGCCGUUCCGUCCGCCAUUUUGCAACGUUCGGUGUCGUUCUAACACUCCUAGUGGGGCUACAGCUUCGAUUCUUCAAGAAGUCUAACCCCCGGGAGUACACGGGCGGGAGGCACGGCAAGACCCGGCGCGAAGACGGCGAGUUCACGGUACAGGUUCUACGAGAUGCGCCGGAUCUCAAGUGCAAAGUCAGGUACCCGCUACACGUCUCCGUCAUGACCUCGCGGAACAGACUGCCCACGUUCGCGUCAGCCGCGCACAGCACCUGGGCCAGACAGAACCGUGAGCAGGCGUCUGUGGAAUUUUUCCUCCCGAAAUCAGCCGAACAGACGACAACCGGCAAGCAGAGGCGCCGACAUGGGCUUGGGCUGCCAGCGGCAGUCGUCCUGAGUGAUGAGUCCACACUUGUAGAUGUGCCGAUACUGCGGUACUUGUGUAAGUGGCGGGAAGACGACUUUGACUGGUUCCUAGUGACGGAUGACCAGGCUUACGUUCGGCUGGACUCCGUUAUAGAUUUUCUCCGACAGGUGGACAAGACGGAAGCGGUACUUUUGAGCCGGCAGGGGGAGGCGUUUGUGUCCGAGCUGACCUGGGAGCGCUGCGGGACGGGCGACGCUGACGACGUGCCGCUGACGUCACUCAUGGCGGCCAGCGUCACGGUGUACAGUGGGUCUGCGGUCAGAGGUAUCUGUUCUGCCGUGGAAGGGUGCCUGUAUGAUUUAAACGACGGUCCAUUAUACCUGACACAGUGCCUGUCCAGCUACACGGUCACCAUGUGUCAGGACCAGAGGGAGCAGUACUCCCACCUGUUCUACGAAGACACACCUCCAACAUCCGGUCCAACCAACAACGUCACAUCCGGUCCAACUCUGCCGCCAGGAUUCGUCGAUGCUAUGAAGAACCGUGACGUCACGAAAGCCCUCACCCUCUCUCCCAUGCGAUCUCCAGACGACAUCUACAGACUCCAUCAACACUUUCAACGAAUCGACUUCUAACAUUAAAAUCAUACAUACUUAACGAAAAAAAAGAGAUUUUAACACCUUUAAUCCAACAAGACCAAA